AUAGAUUAAACAUUAAAGAAUCUUUCCAUUUUUAAAAUUAAAUAACAUAAUCCCACAAAACUAUCUAAAUUUUUAAUAGCAUUUCUUUGCCACCAUCUUCUGUUCAUAGAGCUACUAUAAAAUGUAGAAGUUUUCCACGUUUUGACUUCUUGCAACUUGUUCACUCUCAUGAAAUUCAGAUCUUUUAGAAACUACCCAUUUCCAAUCAGGCCUUGAAAUUCAACUUCCAAUGGCCAAAUUCUUAGCUUUCAUGAUGCUGCUGAGUUUCUGGGGUAGCUUCAUUUCGGGUCAAAACCCGGGUCUUGAGGCUCCAUAUAGGAUCCACACUCUGUUCUCUGUGGAAUGCCAGAACUACUUUGAUUGGCAAACGGUUGGAUUCAUGCACAGCUUCAAGAAGGCCCAGCAACCAGGGCCAGUGACCCGGUUAUUGAGCUGUACGGAGGAGGAGAAGAAGAAAUAUAGAGGGAUGGAUUUGGCUCCUACUCUCGAAGUUCCCUCUAUGAGUAGACAUCCAAAAACUGGUGACUGGUACCCUGCAAUUAACAAACCUGCUGGAAUUGUCCACUGGCUAAAACAUAGUAAAGAUGCACAGAAUGUUGACUGGGUUGUGAUUUUGGAUGCUGACAUGAUCCUCCGAGGUCCAAUUAUACCUUGGGAACUUGGGGCAGAGAAAGGCUGGCCUGUUUCUGCUUAUUAUGGGUACUUGGUAGGAUGCGAUAACAUUCUGGCUAAAUUGCACACAAAGCACCCAGAACUUUGUGACAAGGUUGGUGGGCUUUUAGCCAUGCACAUAGAAGAUCUUCGAGUUCUGGCACCUUUGUGGCUUUCCAAGACUGAAGAAGUACGAGAAGAUAGGGCUCACUGGGCAACAAAUAUAACUGGUGACAUCUAUGGGAAAGGCUGGAUUAGUGAGAUGUAUGGUUACUCAUUUGGUGCAGCAGAAGCUGGACUUAGGCACAAGAUUAAUGAUGACUUGAUGAUCUACCCAGGCUAUACUCCACGUCCAGGUGUUGAGCCUAUUCUUCUUCAUUAUGGCUUGCCAAUUAGAGUGGGAAACUGGUCUUUCAGUAAAUUAGAUCACCAUGAGGAUAGUAUUGUUUAUGACUGCGGGCGACUCUUUCCUGAACCUCCUUAUCCUAGAGAAGUGAAAUCAAUGGAAUCUGAUCCAAAUAAAAGGCGUGGCCUAUUUUUGAGUAUAGAGUGUAUCAAUACUAUGAAUGAGGGUCUUCUUAUACAUCAUGCCAGACAUGGAUGCCUGAAGCCAAAGUGGUCAAAAUAUCUAAGCUUUUUGAAAAGCAAAACUUUCGCGGAACUAACUCAGCCAAAGCUUCUUACUCCUAGUAGGGUACAAACUGAGGUGGCCGAGGAGGAGAAAGGAAUUGAUGAACCCAUAAGACCAUAUCCAAAAAUUCACACCCUAUUUUCUACAGAAUGUACUCCUUAUUUUGAUUGGCAGACUGUAGGACUCAUGCACAGUUUCCGCCUCAGUGGCCAGCCUGGAAAUAUCACACGUCUCCUCAGCUGUACAGAUGAUGACUUAAAGCAAUACAAAGGCCAUGAUCUGGCACCCACCCAUUAUGUACCUUCGAUGAGCCGCCAUCCACUAACAGGCGACUGGUAUCCGGCAAUUAACAAGCCAGCUGCUGUUGUUCAUUGGCUCAAUCAUGUAAACACUGAUGCAGAGUACAUAGUUAUUCUUGAUGCUGACAUGAUCUUGAGAGGACCAAUUACACCAUGGGAGUUCAAAGCGGCACGUGGCCGACCAGUUUCAACCCCUUAUGAAUACCUUAUUGGCUGUGACAAUGAGCUUGCAAAACUUCAUACUCGCCAUCCUGAGGCUUGCGACAAAGUUGGAGGUGUUAUUAUCAUGCAUAUUGAUGAUCUCCGGGAAUUUGCACUGCUAUGGUUGCUUAAAACGGAGGAGGUCCGAGCAGACAAAGCUCAUUAUGCAACAAACAUCACUGGAGAUAUAUAUGAAUCUGGGUGGAUCAGUGAAAUGUACGGUUAUUCAUUUGGUGCGGCGGAGUUGAAGUUACGGCACCAUAUAAGCAGCAAGAUAUUACUAUACCCUGGAUAUGUUCCUGAACCUGGUGUCAAGUACAGAGUUUUCCACUAUGGUUUGGAAUUUAAAGUUGGGAAUUGGAGCUUUGAUAAGGCGAACUGGAGAGAUACUGAUGUGGUGAAUAGAUGUUGGGCUACAUUUCCAGACCCACCUGAUCCUUCGACAGUUGAACAAACUUAUGAGAACUUACGUCAGCGAGACCUGCUUAGCAUUGAAUGUGCAAAAACACUGAAUGAAGCAUUGCUUUUGCAUCACAAGAGAAGAAACUGCCCUGACCCUACUGCCUUAUCCACUCCAGACUUGGAUACAACAAAGGAUAUCACAAAUUCAAGGAAAUUUGGUACGUUUGCUGGGAAUGAUGAUAUAAAAAGCAAUCCAGUUCCCAGAAAUCACUCGCAGGAAUCAUCUCUACCUAGAGUCAGAGAUGGACUCUUUAGUACUUUAAGGUUCUGGAUCAUUCUAUUAUGGGUGUUUUCUGGCUUGGGUUUUAUGUUAGUCAUGUUAGUGGUGUUUUCUGGUUAUAAAGGUAAGGGAUCAUCAAAAGGUAAAAGUAACAAAAACAGGAGAAGAUCUUAUACAGGGUUCUUAAAUAUGAACGAGCGCAGUCGCAAGUCUGAGGUAUCUUUGUAACAUCGAGUUGCUUGUAGAGAAGACAAAUACUUAUUUUAUAGAGGCUGAAGCAAGCCUGAGCAUAAUAAAGAGAUCUGAGACAAACAUGGUGAAGUGAAUCUCAAUAACACAGUUGGAGUUUAGAAGACCUUUCUUAUUGCAGUAGGAAAAUACAAUGUUUCAGUGGUUCUUCUAACUGGAAAGUCGGAUCAUAGAUUGACAUUGUAAUUCUUGUUUACAUAUACUUUGGUUUCAAAGCUCCUACCAAGAAGACCACCUUGGCAUGCUAUUUUGGUCAAAAUUUGGUUCCGGAAUUGUAUUAUAUUACCCUUUGAUUUUAUUUUGAGCUUCCAAGCUUUUGCAUAUUGAAAUGGUAUGACCAUUGUUUUCAGAUGUUGUACAAAACAAGAAAUGGAAAGCUUAGGAAGCAAAACAAAUAUUCUCCAUGAUCUUUGCUUACUUA